UACUUAUAUGCUUAAGUUUUAACGAAAAAGAAAAGCAAAUCUUGAAAAACAAAGAGGCGAUCAUUUUUGCAGUGUCUCUUACAAACCAAUCCCUUCUUCUCGACGCUCACUGUUGCAGAGGUUUAGGAAGAAAGGAAUGAUUCGAUCGUGACUUUGAAUUGGGAUUUUGUGUGUUUUGUGGUGUAAAAUGUGGGUGCCUACAUUGAGCUCAAGCUCAUCUUCAAGUGAUGAGAGGGAAGAGAGCAGUGGAGAAGCCGGGCUUACGCCGGUUUAUCUCAAUGUCUAUGAUCUAACGCCUGUCAACAAUUACCUUUAUUGGUUUGGGAUUGGCAUUUUCCAUUCUGGAAUCGAGGCUCAUAAUUUGGAAUAUUGCUAUGGAGCUCACGAGUAUCCAACAAGUGGGGUAUAUGAGGUGGAACCUAGGAGCUGUCCAGGUUUCAUCUUUAGACGGUCGGUUUUAUUGGGAACUACCAGCAUGUCUCGUUCAGAUUUCCGCUCAUACAUGGAGAAGCUUUCAAGAAAAUACCAUGGUGACACUUACCAUUUGAUUGCUAAGAACUGUAACCAUUUUACUGAAGAAGUAUGCUUGCAGCUUACAGGAAAGCCUAUUCCAGGAUGGAUUAAUCGGCUAGCCCGUGUAGGUUCGUUCUGUAAUUGUCUUCUGCCAGAAAGCAUUCAGCUUACAGCUGUUAGUGUUCUUCCCGAACGCCUUGAAUUCUCCGAUGAGGAGGAAUCAAACUCAGAGGCAUCUUCUGUGUCGGAUGAAGAAGGAUCAGAGCAGCAUCUCAUAAAUGCAGCAGACAGAGAGAUUGUGUAUCUACAAAACAAACCAGUGCGACUUACCAGAGAGGAGAUCCCCUGAGAAAUCUCCCCUGAGAAACCAACCAGCCACGACUUCAUCAGAACUUGCAGAGUGUAACACAGUGUGGGUGCCCAUGGAAGCUGAAAGGGAGUAAGUGAUAUCUCCUUUUGUCACCUUAAUGCUGCGUUUCUUAUGUCGGAAAUUCGAUUUGGUAUUCUUCUCAUCAUUUUAGGAAUGUAAAAACGGAUUCCGGAUUUAUUUUAAUCAGACCAUCCUUUGGCAGUAAAAAUCUGAAGAUUUCUCCAUAU